AUGACUAGUACGGACGACAGCGGCGGCGGAUUUCUGCCCUUUAUAUCAGCCAGCUUUGGCUGGAUCUACUUUACCCUCUGGAGCCUCUCAUUUUACCCGCAGGCGCUGCUCAAUUUCCGGCGGCGCUCGACGACGGGCACCACGGUCGACUUUCCCUGGCUUAACGUCCUCGGCUUCUCCGCCUAUUCUGCGUCCAACAUCGCCCUGUACUACUCCCCCGCCGUCCGCCGCCAGUAUGCCGCGCGCAACAGCGGUCUCACCCCGACUGUACAGUUCAACGACGUCGUCUUUGCCCUGCACGGCCUCGUCCUCUCCGCCAUCACCGCCUCGCAGUACCUCGUCGGCGGCUCCCUCUGGCGCUUCCCCCGCACCACCCACCACCACCACAACAACAACGUGAACCCGGGCGCGCGACCCAGUCGCCUCGCCCUCGGGCUGACUGCCGGCGCAUUCGUCGGCGUCGGCGCCACGGCUCUGCUCGUUCUCGGUGCGCGGUCCGGCGGCCGCGACGUCGAUCCCGAGGUGGACUGGUGCGACCUCGAUGUCGUCUACGCGCUCGGCUACGUCAAGAUCGCGGUCACACUGGUCAAGUACACGCCGCAGCUGCUGACGAAUAUCCGAAAUCAGAGCACAGAGGGCUGGAGCAUCUGGCAGAUAUUGCUGGACAUUACCGGCGGUUUGCUGAGCAUCGCGCAGCAGGGCAUCGACAGCUACCUCCAGCACGACUGGAGCGGCAUUACGAGCAACCCGGUCAAGUUUGGCCUCGGCCAGAUUAGCAUCUUCUUUGAUUUGCUGUUUAUUCUGCAGCAUUAUGUUUUAUAUCGCAAGAAGGGGGCCGAUGGAACGGAGACGGAGCGGCUGCUACCGCCAGGCGAGGAGAGACGUCUCGACUAA